AUGUUCUCGGCUCGUCUUUUUGUACUUGUGGGCAAGGUCAAGGCGUCUACGCCGAACGCUAGGCCUAGCCGGCGCAGCAGCUGCGCGCCGCCGACAGACGGCUUGCCACGUAUACGGACUUUUCCCAAGGAAGCGGCACAAGCCGACGAACGUGACUCAAGAAUGAGUGUGCAAUUGAUGGGGGAAGACAUUUCCCCCGACGAAAUUACCGAAGAAGCCGGAUGGAAGACCGCCGGAGCGCGGCAGUCGAGACCCCGAAACCGCGGGGAGAACCAGACGCACGACAUCGACGCAAGAACGGACACGCUCGGCACCGGCCAGCAAGUUACUAAACCCAAGUAUAUCAAAGGAAAGGUCAUGAAGGCGGGACGCAUGCCCAGACUACCGAAGGAUGAAAUCAAGAUCGUGGUUUCACCGCAGGGCGGCCUCGACAUCGUUAAGGUCGGCGCCCCGACAGUCACCGCCGCCAUCUUCGCGGCCGCCGGUAUAACUGGAGAAGAAAGCGCGGAAGACACCGUCCGUCCGAACUCACAUCAGAACAACGUCGUUGUCAGCACUCCAAAACUAUCGAACGCGGACCGCUACGCCAAAAUGCGGCAAAUUCAGAUCAAAGGGAAAGCGCACGAAGUCAACGCGUACGAAACGGCACCCGAUAAUACAACGAAAGGAGUGAUUCGAGGCAUCCCCAUUGAGGACGGACCCCAAGUGCUGGACAAGAACAUCGUAAACCAGAGAAACCCACUGGCACUGGCGGCCAAACGCAUCGGAACUACGACCACGGUAGUCAUCGCGUUCGACGGACUCAAGGUACCCAACUUCGUCAGGUACGGCGCAACACUAAUCCCUUGCAAGUUGUAUCGCAAGCAGAUUGAUAUCUGCUAUCAAUGCGGUCGCCUCGGCCACCGCAUGGACGUUUGCCCAAAUCCCGCCAACCGCAUCUGCCGGGGCUGCGGCCUCCGCAACCCCGACCAAGGACAUCAAUGCUCGCCCAAGUGUAACCUGUGUGGCGGUGCUCACAUGACCGCCGACAAAGCCUGCAACGCAAGGUACAAGACUUCGUACGUGAUUCGCAGACGACGAUGGGAGCGCCAAAACGCAAAUAACCAACUGACGCAGGAAGACUUCCCGCCCAUCCAGCCGACCAGACGCAGAUCCAGGUCGCGAUCGCCUAGCCGGUCCCGGUCUCGCAGCAGGCAAAAACACAGCCGUGCUCCGACGAGAUCCAGGUCCAGGACACCAGCUCCCGUAGACAAGGUGAGCUGGGCGGACACGGUCCGGGGCACCGCGCGGGAGGGGGUCGGCAAAGCACCUGAAGUCCCAGAGCACAAUCAAAAGGCCGAUAACGGCGUCUUAGAGGCGCUAAGGAAAGCGAACGUGGUAAUGCGCGAACUAGUCCAAAAGCUAAUGCAAGAGAUGCGAGAACUCAGACGCGAGCGCGCCGCGGCAGAUCAAAAUAAACAGAGCGCACAACCCCCGGUGCCGGCGAGCGUUCCUGACGCGGACGCACCGGCCCCGAAAAAACGGGCGAUACAACAACAAACGCACGAGGGAGGUUUCGAGAGCCAGGUACGAGCGGAAAUUACUGACAUCAAGAGAAUGCUAUGCACCAUGCAAAGUACCAUUGAGACCCUUCACGCAACAGUCCUUGGGCUCGCAAACAGGACCACUAACCUCGAGGAAAACGUGCAGAUGAUAUUGAAUCACUCCGUAUUCACGUAAAGCGGACACGUAACGGCGAGCA